AUGAGCCUUCGCACCCCCUCCUUGCGCAGUGUCCCCCACUAUGUGUCGCCGUUAUCGGGGCAUGCUAUCCUGUGUAGUCAGGGCAAGUGGGGGCGAGGCGCAGUCCCUCUGGUCUAUACUGACGCGGUACUCAGCUUCGUAACCCGUGAAAACAAAAGCAGGACCGUGCCUCCCAAAUACGACAACCUCAAAAACAAGUUUGUCAACCGCUUUGAAGAGCUCCUGUCUUGGGCUGAGGAGCGCGCCGCUGCCAACGGCAUCACUCUGCCCUACCAGCAGCCCGGGUUCAAGCCUGAAUCAGUGAUGCCGCCGGUUCGCACCCCGGCCGCCGCCGCUAGCUCGGCCGCCGCCGCUAGCUCCAGCUCAGACGAUCCUCUAGAUCUUCCCCCUCUAACCGCUGAUGGGCCGGUGUCGAUGCAGCUUGCUGAGCCUGAAGGCGAGGAGGAGCUUUAG